AUUGAAGGGUGAAUGGAGGCAACACAGCUGAUCGAUGACUCAAUAUUGGAAGAGUCAGAGGAGGAGGAUGGAGAGAUGCGAAAAGAGAAGCGAGGAGAGCCACUGGCAAAACUCAGGGUGUUAAAAAAUGAACAUAUCUCAGAGACUGAGUUGCCUCUCUACCAGGGAGAGAAUGUGUUGGGUCGAAACCCAAACUCCUGCUCCCUUCCCCUCGUGGCACCUUCUGUAUCCAAGCAACACACCGUCAUCUCCAUCUCAAUGUUUUGCGGCAACCGUUGUCGUGGCAACGUUGCCGGCAUGGAGACAGAGGCUUUAGUGUGGGACCUGGGGAGCAUGAAUGGGACAAGGAAGGGCCGGACCAAACUGACCCCUCACGUCCGCUACGCUCUGACUGAUGGAGAGUGUGUGGUAAUAGCUGACAUCCCCUGCCAGUAUGUCUCAGUGGACCAGAGGCGGGGACAGGGGCACAUGCAGAACCCGACCAACGCACACUCUGGAAGGGGAAGGAGGACAGGGCCAGACAGGAAGGCCCAGUUCAGAGGAAGCCCUAGCGGCCAAGGUCUGGGACGAGAGACUGGCACAUCGAAGACUGAGAGACCGACUGAGGGUAGAGGAGUCAAUGGAGAGAUGGGGGCACCAUUGUCGACUGAGCUGGGUGGAAAAGGUAAAACUCGGGCCAUACCCCUGUCGUUGGAACAAACCCCCACAAAGCCUGAGAGGACACUGGUGCCUGAAUCUGAGUCUGACUCCGACGGAGAUCGAGAGGGACGGAGAGACAAACGGGGAAAGUACUUUGUCUCUGAUUCUGACUCCCAUGUGUCCAGUCCCACCUGUUCUACAUUCCUCAGUCCUACAAACAAAGUCAUUCCAGAGGGUGAGGAUGACAAACCCAUCACUCCCUCUGCUAAAAGCAGAUCCAAGAAAGUAGUGAGCUUCAGUGAGGAGGAGAGCGACAUGGAUGGACCGAGACAGCAGCCCAGGAGAAGAAGAGCACAAGUGAUAGUGGACGACAGCGAAGAAGAGGAGGAAGGGAAGGAAGGCACAGAGGCACUAGGAGAGAAGGAACCUGGGAAAAGGACAAGAGGAAAAGAGGAUGUGUCAGUGGUGAACCAGGUGCCCCAGACCCCUACAGGUAAGGGCAGAGGUAAGCGUAGGGCCCCUGUGGAAUCAUCACCGUUUGCCAAGACCCCUCGCUCCUCCUCUGCCUCUCCCCUGUCCUCUCUCUCCUCGCCUGGGACACUGGGCCGAGCUAGGGCCUCCACGCAGUCCUAUAAGGUGUUGUUUACAGGAGUGGUGGAUGAGGAGGGGGGAAAGGUGGUGUCUCGUCUGGGGGGCAGCCUGGCGAAGGGCGUGGCCGACAUGACCCACCUGGUGACUAACAGGAUCCGACGCACCGUCAAGUUCCUGUGUGCUGUGGCCCGUGGCGUGCCCGUCGUCACCACCGAUUGGCUGGAUAAGUGUGGUAAGGUGGGUAGUUUCCUACCUACUGACAGGUACCUGGUGAAGGACAGGGAGCAGGAGAACAAGUUCAGCUUCUGUCUGGAGGAAUCACUGAGGACCGCCAGCACCCAACCUCUACUACAGGGUUAUGAGGUCCAUGUGACCAGGUCAGUGUUGCCAGAGCCAGCCCAGAUGAAGGACAUCAUCGUCUGUAGCGGAGCUCGCUUCCUCUCUAAGAUGCCCUCUACUCAGAAGGCCCAGGCCCGGACCCUAGUGAUAUCGUGUGGGGAGGACUGGUCUCUCUGUGCUCCUGCUCUCUCUGCUUCUCUCCCCAUCCUCAGUGCUGAGUUCCUGCUAACUGGUAUAUUACAGCAGAGAGUGGACCUGGUAACCCAUGUCCUCUCAGCCCCCAAACCCAGGGCCCAGCCAGGAGCCAAAGGCCAGGCCAGGGGCAGGAAGAGAAUGUAACAAAGACCAAACUCACCUGGGUGGUAUUCAUUAGUGCAUACUGUAGCAAAACAUUAUGCAACAGAAAACAAAAACUAGUGUUGGACAAGUUCAGGUAAACCCUCCCUGUUUUAGUCUGUUUUCUUCCGAUAGGUGAAUAUGACCCUGUCUACAGGGCCAGGGAGAAGAAGGCAUUCCAGUUCCAGAGAAGACCGCAGACAGACGACACCCGUGUGUGUGUGUGUGUGUGUGUGUGUGUGUGUGUGUGUGUGUGUGUGUGUGUGUGUGUGUGUGUGUGUGUGUGUGUGUGUGUGUGUGUGUGUGUGUGUGUGUGUGUGUGUGUGUGUGUGUGUGUGUGUGUGUGUGUGUGUGAUGGCGUGUGUGAUAGCAUGCAGCACCCACCUCCACCUGUAUAGAGAACAGUAGCAGGACCAGGCCUCAGAGGAGUGGUAACUACAGUACUACUACCAUGGAGGGGCUGGAGACCAUUAGACACCUGAGAGAGGGGAGAAUGAGGAUUCGGAUGUACAAGAGACAGUGGCAGCAUCCCAAAUGGGACCCUAUUGCCUACUUUUGACAAGAGCCCUGCACUAUGUAGGGAAUAGAGUGCUAUUUGGGACGCCAAUGUAAAAGGCUGGUGAGAGGAGACAUCCACCUGUUUGACCAACUAGACAAGAUAGUUGAGAAUGUAUUCACUCAGAUACGAAGACAAACAAACCCAAGAUAUGGAAAUCUAUUCCUAUGUUCGAGGGUAGAGAAUACAUGCAGAGAAAUGCUCUGAAUAGAUUUGUUUAUAAAAAAAAAUGUAAAUAUGAGGUAACAGAGAGAAGAGACAG